AUGCCCAAGCUCGAAGAAAUUGACGACUAUGAUGAUAUCGAUAAUCUCGACAUGGAUCUUGCUGAGAUAGAUCAUAAUAUGAAAUCUCCAGUGGCUCCAAGAAUAGUGCCAGAAGUAAAACGAAGCCAAGAUGAUGAGCCUUCUCUUUUCCCAGUAAAUCAGACGUCCGUACGUGGCCCUCAAAAUGCGCCUUCAGGGCCUUCAAGAGUUGUGGAGUUCACCGAGGAACAGAAACAACAAAUUAAGAAAUUCCAGAUACUAUAUCCAUGUUACUUCGACAAAAACAGAUCACACAAACAAGGGAGACGAGUUUCUGCGGAACUUGCCGUGGAAAAUCCUUUAGCACAAACCAUAGCGGAUGCAUUGACCCAACUGCGUGUACCUUGCGUGAUUGAAGCUCAGAAAUGCCAUCCGCAGGAUUUCGGAAACCCAGGAAGGAUACGUUUCUACAUGAAAGACGAAGGUGAAUCCACGAAUCCAUCCCUUUACAAAAACAGACGGAUGUUAAUGAAGCUUAUCGCUUCAUAUCUCAAGAAGCAUCCUACUACGUUAGAAAGUUUGAAAGACGCCGUCGCAAUGGAGGCAGGUGCCGAAGAUUACGAGCCAAGGAAAGUUCCAAAGGUCAAAGGAUUUACCAUGAACGAAAUAGUUCCUAUUCACAGUCCAUUGAGUAUGGGUCAUCCGAUGGUAAAAUCGAUUUAUGAGGCUCCCGCCCCGGUUGUAGCCGAGAAGACUCCAAAGGCACCCAAAAAUAAAUACAAGAUGGUUCGCAGGUAG